AUGUCCAAUUCUGCUGAUCCCCCUCAAGGGGGGUCUGCCAAUGAAACGAAGCUUUCAGUCAGUGCUCUGACACUAUCGGACUUUGAGAAGCUGGGAAAAAGGAUGGGCGAAGCCAUGAGUGCUGCCUUGAACAUGCCAACCGCGGAAGAAAAGGAGCGCGCGGAGUUCAUGGGCGAUGUGAAGACCAGCUGGAGUCUCUUUUUUGCCAGAGUGUCUACCCAGCCUGAGUCUGGCACCACGAAAGUCAUCCCGGCUCUAAUGACAAAACAAUUCAACGAAGUCCUGUCUGCGUGGACUCCUGGUUACGCUCAAAAGAAACUUAUUGCUGUCCUCGAGGCUCAACUCUGUCGGAGCGAAGAAAGUAACGAUUAUCGCGAUCGUUCCGCUUGGUGGGAUUCCAAAGUGGCGAAUGGCGCUUUUACAACCUGCUCUGCAGGCUUCAAGGAUCUCCAGGAAGAGCAAUGUGGAUUGCCCUCGGUCCUCGUGUCGGGUGAACAAUACACUCCAUCCACCAAGCUCGUCGUCUCUUCCGGGACACUGGCAACAUUCGAAGAUGUUCGAGUUGCCCUUUUGAACUUUCGGCAGCUGGGGUUAGCGUUUACGUCCCAGUUUGACGAGUCCUAUAUUUGGACUUUGUUUGCUCGCAUAGAGAAGCUACUUGGUUCCCGAGAAGGGCGGCAAUAUGUCCACUCCUGGUCACCAUCGUCCAGGCCCCAGGUGGCCGUCAAUCUCCUUCUAAACCUCCAAGCAGUCUGGAAUAAGAUUGCCGACAUCGCCAAGAACCCCCUUCGCAUCAAGGCUGUGCAGGAAAACCAAGAGAUUGAUGCCGAGGUUUUUGACUCUGCAAAGUUGUGUUUCGAGAUGGUCGAGCAGGAGCUGCACUCUAUUUUUAAUUUUUGCCGCACGCACUACAUUCCAGAACGAUACAGGGAGAUCCCUGCAGGUGCAAUCAAGGUCCUCGGCAUGUCAGCGGAAGAAUUCAACCUGACAGCCAAACGGGGCUUGGUGGAUGAUGACGAUGGUCGUGCCGCGAAAAAGCUCAAGGCUGAUGACCGAAAGAAAGCGUUGGGUAUUCUCGAGUACAUUUUGACUCCACUACCAGCGGAACCCAUGUCUCUGAUGCCAAUCUCUGGCCAAAGUGGAGAGUUGGUGCCCUGCUCCCAUUUUUGCUUUCGUGGUUUUCGGUGCUCCAACAAUAAGGCAUGCACCCGUGCCCAUGUUUCCAGUUUCAAGUCGUUGAGUGAGGACGAUCAGAAUGCAUUCCUUCGCUUUGUGUACCAAAACAAGGAAACCAUUCGGUUUGCUCCAGGUUCCAGCUAG